CCAAUCCCUGACGCCCCGGUCGUCCUCCAGCCUCUCCACAUCAGUCACAUCAAGAUCUCUCUCCCCAAUCGGUUAAAGUGAGCGUCGUCUCACCUACCUAAACGGGAAACUCACUGGAAAUUGGAGAUUCGUGCGCAUGCGCGGGGGGAACCUAUCGCGUAUAAGAUGGACCUUGUCUGCGCGCCGACCAGCCGUGUCAUAGUUUGCUUUUCUCACCUUACGACACUGUGCCUGUUCAAGUGGGUGAGGUAGUAGGUAGUAGCCGUAGCAAUCGACAGUCAUGAAGUCCUCUACCGUCAGCGCGUUGGCGCUCGCUUCAUCAGCAAGUGGUUCUAAGUUGGAUAUCAGACAGACGAACACAACGACAACAGCGACGACUACAACUACGACUCCCACUGCGACUGAGCCGUGUGCGAUUGUUAGCUCUACUUGGUCGGCCCAGAUCGGCGCCACAGCUACGCCAACCGUUGAGGCGUCGAUAGCUUACGAAUGUCUCAACUCGGUCCCGAUUGAUAAGGAUGGGGCCCUCAAGUUCAUAGACGAGCUGAAGCCUUACGUCGAAUGGCAAUCCGAUACUAUCUUCAAGAAGAACCCUCCAGCUGACUACGGCUAUCCCCCUACCGACAUUUGGGCUUCCAUUGACGAGGUGAGGGAGAACCUCGUUGCCGACGAGUACGCUAACGAAUACGCGUGGCAAGCGGAUCUAUACGUCAAGCUAUUCGGGCCGGCGCACGAUGGCCAUUUCGUAGUGUACCCGGAUGCAUUAUCCGCUGCCGUCGAGUGGCAGAGACCUUUCGCCCUAGUCUCGAUUAGCGAGGAGGGUCCCGACGGCUCCGCACCGGUAAUCAAGGUAUACGACGACAUACUCAACGGCGUAGAAUCGCCUUCCACGGUGACGCUCAUCAACGGCGUCGAUGCUGCUACCUACAUCGAGAAUUGGAUUGGCCAGGCCGGUGGUAACCAGGAUGUCGAUGCUGCCUAUAACUCUAUGUUCUUUGAGAAGGCGUUCGUGGCUGAGAAUAAGAACCAAGGGUAUUUCCAGACAGGGGGUCGCGUAAGAUACAUCUACCCUGGCAACGUUACCUCGUUCACGUUCGAGAAUGGAACAGUGCUAGACCUACCCAACCAAGCGAGGUUGAAGGGCAACUGGCGUACAGUCGUCGAUGGAACCUCGUUCUUCAACAAGUUCUGCUCCGGCGCGACGACCAACAGUGCAUCAACCGAGUCUACGACAACCGAUGAAACUACAGACACGACAGCUGCCGAGGCCGUAGGUGUCCCUGUCACGGGAUACCCCAGCCCAGUCAUCGUUUCAAGCGACUCCUCGAUCUCGGGUUACUAUCUCAACCAAACCGGAUUCGAAGAUGUAGCCGUCCUCGUAAUGCUUUCCUUCUCACCCAGCGACCCCGUCGAGUUCCAACAAGUCGCCCAAGACUUCUACGCAGCCGCCAUACAAGCCGGAAAGACCAAGCUCGUCGUCGACGUCCAAGCCAACGGCGGCGGCUACAUCUUCCUCGGGUACGACGGGUUCCGCCAGCUCUUCCCAGACAUCGUACAAGAAGGUCUGGGGCGGUGGCGCCAACACGCCGGUUUCGCAGCGGUGUCGAAGGUAUUCUCCGAGAUAUCAGCGGGAUUCGACCCGAACACGGCGUCGGCGGAUGUGAUCGAGGCGUACGAGUCCGUGUUCAACUGGCAGUACGACCUGAACGAGACGAACGAGAACUUCUCGUCAUACGAGGACAAGUUCGGGCCGCACACGUGGGGCGGCGACACGUACACGAACCUGAUGCAGUGGAACUUCAGCGACCCGCUCAGCACGAGCAACAGCAGCUUCGGCUUCGGCACCGACAUCACGGGCUACCGCAGCCGGUCGAACUUCACCCGUCCCUUUGGCGGCCCCGAGAACAUCGUCCUCCUCCUCGACGGCUACUGCGCCUCUACCUGCACCCUGUUCUCCGAGUUCCUGCGCUCGAACGCCGGCGUCAAGAGCAUCGCCAUGGGCGGCCGUCCGUCGAAGGAAGGCCUGAUCCAAGGCGUCGGCGGCGUCAAGGGGUCGCAGAGCUACGGGUUCGCGGACGUGCACGCACAAGCGCAGCAAGCUCUCAGCUUCACGAACGACAGCGCCGUAACCGCCACUCUGAACACGUACACGGAGUACGUGCGCGACCGCAGCACAGCCGCGAGUCUUAACGUGAAAGACCAGAUCCUCGCAGGCAACAUCGAAGACGGCACGCCGGCGCAGUUCGUAGUCGAGGAGUCCGACUGUCGACUGUGGUGGACCGCGCCCAUGGUCACAGACGUGUCGGAGCUGUGGAAGGCGGCCGCGGCGGCGGCCUUCAAGGGCGCUAGCUGCGCUUACGGCGCCAUCGACUACCCGGCUAGCAAUGCAACCACGGCUCGACGAGCCGCGCCCGGCGCGCGUUCCUUCGGCAAGCCGAGGAUCUCGCUUCCGAAGAUUGGAACGACGGCUCCGCCGCUGCGGAAGCGGGACGCCUUGCAGAAAAGCGCUGUCUUUAUGGCCAAUCAGUUCAUGAAGGUCGUGGACUGAGAACCCUUUUUGCUUUUUUUUUCUGGCCCACGGGACGGGGGCUGGGAGGAGGAGGAAGACCUGGGUAGGUACGUCUGAUAUGCGUGCGGUUUUUGCGUUAUGAGUAGGGAUUCGAAUGCCCCGUUAUUGGACGUAGAUCCGCGUUCUACAUAGAUGUCAUGUAUGUAGAUUAGAUAAUAGGUCGUCUAGGAUAUAGGGUACAUACUACUACUGUGGCGUAUAUAAGAUGCGCGUUAUGAAUGUCCAUUGUCCGAGAAACGAGUAUGAUGACGAUGUCAGAACCGACAGGUGGUCGACUUUGGUACGAAUCGCAAUGUCUUGCCAGCCAAUCUGUGGUCGUAAUUCGAAUGUGAAUGCCAGACCCUGUAUGUAGGUCCUCGAGUUAACCAUGCAUACUCCUCAUUUUUGCCCAUAUUUGCCCAUAUUACUUGGGUAUUACACGUUAUAUCCGCCGUUAUUUUCUUAUCGGCUGUUGCGCUCAGACCCCGGAAGGAUCGCACUUGGGGAUCUUGCAAGGGAAGUAAAAUCGCUCAGGGUGGACGGCGGCAUGAGAGGAGGGCCUGGGGAAGGGCCAAGAGGGGAGACGGACGAGAGACGGUUAUGUUCAAAAUCACCAACGCCUAUGCGCCUAUGGUUGGUGAUCACAACAUCAUGCUAGGAUCUGCAGGUGUAUUCGUCUUCCAAGGAAAUCC